AUGUCCCUGAUGCCGCAAUCGCCCCGGGGCAGCGGCCCUCCCCAUAUCCGCCUCAACUCUGGCACACAGGAGGCGCGCACCGACGAUAACUCGCCGCCUGCCGUGCGACCCAGCACCGCAAGGACAACCUCCGCCCGCUCCUUGACCCAGCCCAUACGGCCAACCACGGCCCCCCAAAGUCCCGGACUCGUCUCGCCAACAGCGCCCGGCUUGUACAGCAAUGCAGACAUCGCCGCAUCCGCUGAGCUGCUGCUGCCGCCCAGGAAGCUCAAGACGCGCCCUUAUCGCGAUGAGUCGCCGCAACGGUCACCGUCUGCCAUGUCACGGCGGACAAGCUGGAGCUCAGACAUGACCGGCGACUCACGGGGCCCCUUUGCCUCGCCAUUCGACGACUCGAGAGCCCCGUCGCGGGCCGGCAGCGAAGAGGAUCUCAACACCCAGACCGUAUCGGAAAAGUUCAACAUCCUACCCUCGGCCGGCCUGCUACUGUUCCCUGAGGAUGUCGAAAAGGACGACUAUCUGCACAACCCCGACCCCAACGAGAAGGAGCAGCGCGAUUGCGACAUUUUCACCAGGAGAGGUAUGGUUAACGUUGGAGGUCUCGCUUUUCUCGCACUCGGCCUGUUGGCCCUCUUCGUCGGAUACCCCGUACUUACUUUCGUCGACAAGAUGACAAAACCAGAAAAGGGCCCCUGCACCGGCAAUCCAUUAUGUAUCCAGGGCAAGCAAAACGAGCCCAUAUUAUCCACAUACGAAAGGGGCUCAUCGACCCCGACACAGCUGGGCUUCUCCGACGAGUUCAACGUCGAUGGGCCAUUAUUUUACGACGGCGACGACCCGUACUUUCAGGCCGUGGAUAUUUGGUAUGGUGCCACGCAGGAUUUGGAGUGGUACGAUCCCGAUGCGGCAUGGACGCAGAAUGGAACCCUUGUUUUCGAGUUCGCUAGGCAUGAUAACCACGGACUCAAGUAUCGCUCUGGCAUGGUACAAUCGUGGAAUAAGCUGUGUUACAAGGGUGGCCAUCUCGAGGCCAGUAUCUCGCUGCCCGGAAAGGGUAAUGUCAGUGGUUUCUGGCCUGGUUUCUGGACCAUGGGCAAUCUUGCGCGUCCCGGUUACCUUGGUUCCACCGAAGGCUUGUGGCCUUAUAGCUACGACGACGUCUGCGACUUGGGCAUUACUGCCAACCAAAGUUCCUACGACGGCUUGAGCUAUUUGCCAGGAAUGAAACUGCCAGCUUGCUCUUGCAGCGGCGAGGAUCAUCCCAGCCCAGGCACUUCCCGAAGUGCUCCUGAAAUCGAUGCAGUGGAAGGCUCAGUCCACUUCCUCGGUCCCGGAGAGACGAACGCUGUCGGGGUGGUUUCGCAGUCUUUCCAGGCUGCGCCUUUCGAUAUUUGGUACCAGCCCGAUUAUGACUACGUCGAGGUGUAUGAUACAUCUGUAACAAUGAUGAACGCCUACAAAGGUGGUCCUUUCCAAGAAGCCAUUUCUGGUCUGACGAACUUGAACAACGACUGGUACGAUGGCAACCAAUACCAGACCUACGGAUUUGAGUACAAGCCGGGCAAGAAGGACGACGCCUUUAUCACUUGGUAUGUCGGUGCAGACAAGACAUGGUCAAUGAAGGCUCCCGGAACCCGACCCAACGGCAACAUUGGCCAGCGAAUCAUUCCAGAGGAGCCAAUGACCAUCAUCGCCAACUCCGGCAUGUCCAACAGUUUCGCUGCCAUUGACGUUCCCACCAUCGAGAAGAAUCUCCCCUCGUUGAUGGCCAUCGACUUCAUCCGCAUCUACCAGGAUGAAGAUCAAGAGAACGACGACGAUUUCAUGACCUGCGAUCCUCCAGGCUACCCAACCACGGAGUACAUCCGGAAACACCCGAAUGCCUACAUGAACCCUAACCUCACUGACUGGAAAUCGACGGGUUUUGAUUGGCCGAAGAACACCUUCGUAGAUGGUUGCAAGAUGUGA